AUGCUCAAGGAAAGAUGGAUCCAGAGCAUCUUGUUGAACGGGAUCGGGAACGUGACCAAAUUUGGGGCAAGGAAAAUUCAAAACACGACGGACAAAGUGUAUGAGGAUGAGCCGCCCGAGCUCGAGGUUCCGAACUCACGUCCCAAACGAUACCUGCUGCGACUCAUCAACACCUCGAUUGGAUCCACCUUUAUCUUCUCCAUCGACAACCACCUGCUUUCCAUUGUCAGUGCUGACUUCGCUCCCAUUUACCCCUACCUCAACUCGUCGAUCCUAGUUGGAAUCGGUCAACGAUACAAUGUUAUUGUCGAAGCAAAUCCAAAGAACAACACCAAACAGCCCCUUGACAGCAACGGAAACUACUGGAUCAGAACGUGGGUCGCCCCGAACUGCGGUGCUGGUGUGGUCAUCAACAAGGACAGCAAGGAGACAUACAUGCAAACGGGAAUUCUGCGUUACAACAAGAGCAGUACGGAGGAUCCAGAAUCAAAACCAUGGACAGAUAUUUCCAUGGCUUGCUCGGAUGAGACUGCCACCAGCUUGAGACCCGUGCUGCCCUGGGUUGUUGAGGAUCCGAUCAAUGUCAUGUCAACAGAAAGCAAGAUUCAGCACAUGGCCGUGAUCAGCGGCCCACCGGUUGAUCCGAUUCCGAGUUUCCCCCAGGCCUCCUAUUCUUUCAGAAACGUAUCAGGGGAUAUCAAUGGCCCCAAUCCACUCCAGAUCAACUUCAGCGACCCAGUGUUCCUCAACCUGGACAACGACGAGCCGUUCAAGAACAAGCUCUGGGAAAUCUACCCCGAAGGUCGCCCCAACCAAACCGACUGGGUAUGGCUAGCCAUCACCGUGGACUAUUCUCCUGAUGGAGAUACCAGUGCCCAUCCGAUUCACCUGCACGUACAUGACUUUGCCAUCCUCCAACAGGCCGAAAAAACCACCUACGUCCCUGAGAACAUCCAUCUGAACCUCAUCAACCCGCCUCGUCGUGAUGUGGUGCUGAUGCCUAAGAGCGGCUUCAUCAUCAUUGCCUUCAAGGCUGACAACCCGGGCGCGUGGCUCCUUCAUUGCCAUAUCGCCAGUCAUGCAUCCCAAGGUCUGGCCCUGCAGAUUCUGGAACGUCAGGCCGAUGCUGCUGCCAUGUGGCCAAAGGCGAGUCCCGCUGCGCAGACUGCCGCUACGCUGUGCCGCAGUUGGGACUCUUGGGUUGCUGCGUCUUACACGUCCACGCCGACGCCUUUGCCUGAUGAUUCCGGAAUUUGA